AUGGAACACAGUCCCAGGAAGUUACCAGAUCAUGCCCUUGCCCCCUUCGGUGCACCUUUCCCACCCCUUCAGGCCACAACAAGCUCCAGUGUCUGUCCGUUCCCGACACCCUCGACUUCCAUCCUCACGUCACCACCCUUCACCACCACCCCUUCCACCUUCUCCGCCUUCUGCGACGAGCAGUUCUCGAUGGCACUGGCCCGUUUGGCCUUGAAGCGUCUAAUUGACUUUCAGACCUCAAACUCACUCGUUCCCCCAACCCCAGUACCUCCCCCUCCGUUCCCCCUCUUGAGUCCUCCGCUAGGGUCCGGCGGCACUCCGCAUUGGUCACCCCACGCUUUCCUUGGCAACCCCGCCAAACUGAAUGAGCUACCGCACCCCUCUCUGCUGCUUUCUGGAGCCCUACCACCGGCCAUGUAUCGAAGAACUCUCAAUCAGGUCCUCACUGCUCCCUUGCCGCAGCAAAACCCCACCCCUCGGUCCAAGAAACCAGAAGCCCCCCCGUCACAGGGCAUUGAUUUUCUGGGUCAACCCCGGGUCAGUACUCAAGCUGCUGGCAAACGCACCUCCUCUGAACGCGGGUCAUCGAUUAUUUUCGAAGGUCAAGGUCGAAUCAACCAACUGGGAGGAAUGUUCAUUAAUGGACGUCCGCUGCCCUACAAGACACGUUUGAGGAUCGUGCAGAUGUCUAGAAACGGCGUCCGACCCUGCGACAUCUCGCGCCAGCUGAAGGUCUCGCACGGAUGCGUUAGCAAGAUCCUCCAACGCUUCCACGAAACCGGGAGCGUAAGUCCGGGUGCGACAGGGGGAGCUCGAAAAAACCGCGUCCAGGGUCGAACACCCUCCUCAACCUACUCCCACAGCCAACACCACCACCACCACUACCACCACAGUGGGCGCCACCUCCUCACAAGCCCCGUUAACCCAGAAUCGCCCUCGUCCACACAACGCAACUUCAAGGCCGCCAACCUGCACCUGUUUGAUGCCACCACCGCCACCACCACAGCAUCUGCCGACUGGACGCAUCGUUGGCCUUUCGACGUGGCCUUUUCACACUCCACCGCCCCCUCCCUUCAGUCUCUGACGGAGCUGCCUCCUCCUCCGCCGCCGCCACCACCACCACAAUCCAAGCAGUCGCAACCGAAGCUCAAAUUCUCAGCCUCAAUGCUCGCCGACGUUGGAAGUGAUGAUGAUGGCGACGACGUCGAGGCGAAAAAGCAGACCCCAAAGAAGGCGACAGGGGUUACCGCUUGCACGAUCUCAUCCCACACCGCCUGA